CCUUAGACGUCUAAGGUCAUUCCAAAUUCUUGUCUCGAACAUUUCCCUUUCGGAUCGCCGCCAUGCCUGCUCCGGAGAACUGUUGUGACCGCUGGUUUAGCAAGAGUUUGGUUCCCACUCCGUAUCCAAAGUGCUCCGGGCCAAAUAAGGGGCGCUGCAUCGACUACAAGGUAACAGUUCCUCCGGAGGGUGUGGUAGAGCCACAGGCCAAUAUCAUACAGGCCGUCAUCGAACCGGAUGGGCCUGUUCGGCAGCAGAUAAACAUCCAUGCGGAAUGCAGCAAGCCAAGGCCCCUCCUGGAGUCGGACAAGGACAAGCUCCGAUGCUGCACCAUGUGUGUGGCCCAGGAGCAGAAUAUAAGUCCCAAUCUCUGCAGUGCGGCGUGUCGGCCUCUUAAGACGUAUUUGCAUUUGGAUGAGUGGACAAAGCGGCCUCGUCCCAAGCCCACUUAUAAGAACGCGGUUGUCCUUGAUCCUACCACGAUAGUGGGACGCUGUUUUCCGUGCAAAUUCCGGUUGAAGCGUUUGAAGAACAAGUGCCUGGAUUGCGGCCGUGACUUGUACUUCCGGUAUCCAAUCACGAACAACAGCGACCUGCUGCUCCUGCAGAACUGCUGUGACGUCGAGGUGUAUCCCAUGAAGAAGGUGGAGAACAUGAACAAUGUCAAGGUGACCAAGAUAUCCGGAGCUCACAAGUUCGCCAACAGCUUGCUCAAGGAGCGAUCCGAGUGCCGUCUGCAUAAUAUGGCUUACUAUCUAGCUCUGGCCGAGAAGGCGGCUGCUGCUAAGGUAGUGGAUGUGGAUCAGCGGAAGAGUAGGAAAAGUACUAGAAAGAGUCGGAAAAGCAGGAAAAGCAGGAAGAGCACAAAAAUUGCUUAAAGCCUAAAUCUAAAUUAUAA